AUGGAGAAUCAGCUGAAGACUUGGAAUGACACUGCUGAAAAAGUCUUGGCAGAUAUGCAGGAUUUGAUUGCGGCUAUGGAUAGAAAUGUUUUGGUUGAAAAACAUGAUGCAGUUGUGAAAGAAAGAAAUGAGGCAAUCGCGAAUUUGCUGCCCCAAGAUAUAGCUGACCGACCUGUGAUGACGGAUGACGAGAUUAGAAAGUUAGAAAACGAGAUCAAUGAGGUUCGAAAUCGAAUGCAAGCAGUGAAGAAGCCUAGCGAAUGGCCACCACCACCUGCGGAAGGCUUGCAAGCGCGGCUACAGCUAAAUGAGGGAGAGCUUUGCUUGGCUAGAAGUGAUGAUGGCUCGAACCUUGUCGUGGCUCAGGUUGUGGCCAAGAACAUUCGCCGAGAUAUUACGCUUACAGGCUUACGUGUAGCGGCACUGGUAGAGAGUUCGUACUAUUUCAAACAACCAACAUGGAGUACAGGAACGAUUGGCACAUUGCCGAAUACUGCGCAUAAUAAAGAGUUUUUAAUAUUUUUUGAUGAUGGAUUUGAAGAAUACGUCCAAGCCGCAUUCGAUUCCUGUGAUGAUGAU